CAGAUGAUAUUGCUGCUUCUUUCUACGUACUCCCGAAACUGCAAUACCCCAUCCGCCCGAUCUGGAUGACGCCCAGCACCACAAUAUUCCCAAAAUUCCCUGAUUCCGAUGCUGAACAGCGAUUCUACCCUAUGCAUCUGCAUAUCUGAUGGUAUGGAGAGACACAUUACAGGUUUUGCAUAUAUUCAGGGAUCGGGGGAUGAUCACGAGCUGUGGAGUAUGACCCUCCGCGCAAACUGUAAUGAACUACCAACCCUCGUUCAAGCCCUCACAUCCUUCCCAAAUACACUCUCCACCCGCACUGAUUCAAAUUCUUACACGUCAUUUCGUCCCAUACCCAUUCAACACGUUCAUGGUAGACUCUCAAUAUGCACCACUCAUGACAUUUCCUCACCAGGUUGGUCAUGACCCGAGAAGGACUAUCAUUCGCUGCAGUAAUCAGCAACCAUAUCCAUGAGCAGCUGUUUUGUGGUUUGGGGCAUUG